GCGAUGUCAGGAGCAUCUAUUACAGCUCUAUGGGCAAUUGUUACAGGCCAAGCUAAAGCGACCAAAGCCAUUUGGCUCGGAUCGGCGGCGACGCAGCGCAUGGUUCGGCCGCACGUGGGCGAGCACCUCGCUGCAAGGCGAUGAUGUGGACCUGCGGCUCGGGGGACGACGACGAGGACGGGUGCUUGCCGCAGGCGGUGCUCGAGCCCCGCCAAGGCAUCCUGGACAGCGUGAUCGACCAGCAGAUCUUGAUCGCGCAGCAGGUCGGCUGCGUCGAGGUGGACGACUACGACGACGGCCCUGGCCCCAGCGAGGCCUGGUGGGCUGGCCCUCUGCCCCUGUCCCCGGCGGCGCCGCAGCCCAUCAGCUCCGUCCAGCUCGCGGCGGUCGCAGCGUGCAGGGCCAUGCGGGCCAGCGCAGACGUCGGCGGCCCCGCCGGUGCGCUCCAGCGGGAGUGGU